AUGGCAUUGAAUUAUUUAUAUUUCAAAAUUUCGCUGACGUUUUCAUCUCUGAGGAAGCUAAAAUGGGAGCGCUGGUGGAAUAAAACGCAGAAACUGGAUCAGAGUACAGUGGAAGGUGAGGAGGUCAAAGGUCACGGCGUCUGGUAAUGGCUGAGUGACAGUAAAACAACAGGAGAGAGGGUAUGGAAGUCAACAGCUGAUGAUAUGAAACCUUUUUUUAGUCCUGAGGUGAUCACUCUGGUCCUCUGACAGCUCAAAGCACUUUUACGUUACGUGUCAUAUUUGGCGUUUUUAGACCUCAGGAACUUUUUCAUUGUUCCAAGAACCGCAGGAACCCUUCCUCAGUUUUAUUGGUGCACUACAGGAACACUAAACUACAACCUAACUCAUAGGAACCUUUCUAGGUGAAGCUUCAGAGCAGGUACUCUCCCAGAACUAGAGGGAUUUUGAUUGACCUACUGUAAGUGCGUGGUGAUUGGUCUAUAUGUAAGUGUGUGUUGAUUGGUUGAACAUAAGAGCUAAGUCAGUAUCACUAACUGUCAUUUGCACCCUACUGCAAACGUUAGCAAGUAACACGAAUAACAGACAGUAUACGCUCACAAAGAAACACAACAAAAGGGCCGACACUAAAGAACAGUUUCACUCUGCAAAUGGUGAAUUUAAAGGGAUAUUCCAGCGUAAAAUUAAUUCAGGGCCAAACACAACGUAACACCGAGUUAGAAUGUUGUCGACCGCUUGCUUCUCUAGUUAUACCAACUUUAGUAACGACCGCAGGAUAGAAAUACAGAGAGCCACGCCCUCAACCAAAACGCCACUCUAUAGCCACAAAUAAUGCUCAGAACAGCACCUAACUUCAUCAACAGGACAUAUAGGGUCACAGACAUAGUACUAGACACCAAACAUCUUUUUAACUUUGACUCAUUUCUUUAGCAAAGAGACCAAACACAACUCACCUACUCUCUUCCAGCAGCCGCUUGCCUGUAGCGAGACCUCAGGCCAGUCCAUUACGGACUACAGCGGGGUGACUCAGCUCAAGGAAGAACAUUUAUGAUCAUUUCUUCAUAGAAAUGUCAUGAAACAUACUUCAUUCAUCUAUAAGUAUCAAGGUAAAAUCUAAACAAGUUGCAAGGAAGCUUGAUGUGGGUACUUAUUUAAAGGGAAUGGGGUGGAGUUCAUAAGUUAUUCCUCUUCUCACUCCUGUUCGAAUAUGUAUUUCCAUUGUUUAUAUUUUUGGUUUACGUAUUCGAAAUAAACUUCGAUCAAUCAAUUUAAUUUUUGUCCUCAUUUCUUUCAUUUUUAUUAACUUUUGUUGUUUCAUUCCUCUUUUUAUGGCUUUUCUUGUGAAUUUCUGUGUAAUUAUUUGUAUUAUUUAAUCUUACUGGUUAGUGUAAUACAUUUUCUCUUUUCUGACAAGUUUAUAAUUUGGAUUUCAAUCAGAUUUUACUUUAAUUUAAAGUUUAUACCCUAAAGCAAGUCAAAUUUCUCUGAACUGAAAACGAUAAAGGCGGGACUUCCCUUCGUCUGACCAAUAGGAACAGAGGACACUGGAUAUGCUUUGAAAGGUCGUCCCUCAUAAACUGACGAUUCCCGGCAACACUGACCAAUCAAAUUAAUGAAAGUUCCUUUAGUCCCGCCUUAAUAAAUCCCUUGACCAAUCCGAAGGAAAAGGUUCAAUAAAACUCACUUCGAUUGGUUUAAAGAGAGGGAAAAACGUGACGGCGGACUGGCUGUGAGCGCAGAGGGUUUCUAAGUGACCAAUGAAGGUUGAGGACGUAGGCGCUGAGCUUAUAAAUGACAAGGUGACCAACUCCCCCCUCCUACAUUCACUGACUGCCGCUGUGUGCGAGAGCCGCUCAUCCCGGACCCUCCGAAAGCCGAACUAACCGGUAAUAUUCGCCUCCUCUGCUCUAACUCUGCACCAACAGGAAGUUAGUUUGUCUUUAUAAAUGCACGUGAGUGUUACAGGUAAAGGUAACCGCGUCAGGAAGCAAACACUGUCAUUGCUAACAUUGCUAGCUACAGAGCUAGGUCGGCCAUUCAAUGACUUGAACCCUUGUUAGGACUCGUGCGCCCUUAGGAGACUGUGCGCGUGGUUUACCUGUGUGACAGGUGAUCUGACAGCACGAGCGUGAUAACCGGACUCUCUCUGAGGUUGGGGUUCAGAGGAAGCGGAUCCCUGAGAGGACCCGGCCGAGCACCGCGGACUGAGACCUGCGUGUAAAAUGUCUGACAGUCUGAGGCCUACCGAGCCCUGAACCAGUCCCGCUACAAGGACAUACACCUGUCACACACCUGAGAGGCCGCACCGGAGUGUGUUUCCCCCCCACAGGUGGUGUGUCUCUGCAGGCGGAGCUCCGUGCAUGUUGUCCGGGCUCAAAGUGACCGUUCGAAGCUUAUUUUUGACCUUCAGGGCUGCAGCCUGGUUAGCUUAGCAACUUAGCUCCUCUGAGGACGGACAGACCCGGGUCCGACAUGAAACGGGUGACCCCAGCAGGGAGACUAAUCCGUCGAGAGAAACUACACCGAGUUAAAAUCUCUGAAUCCCGAGAUUUAAGGGGGAAACUCCAAACAGGAGCGUGUCCAGAGAGGUGGCAUGAGCCCCCCUGUCUUCUGAUUGGCCACCCCAAAAUCAAGAAGUAUGAUUGGUUAAUUUUCUUAAUAGAGGCGGGACUUGUGUUAAAAUCUCUGGACUUUUUUGGCUUUUUCCUUCUUUCAACUUAAACUUAAAAAUGCUAAAAAUAACACGCUGUAGGACAAAUUGAUAAUUAAGUAAUUAGUCCAUUAAAUACAAUCCAAUUUAACCGCUACAUCUUUUCUAAACUCUAAUAAGUCAUGAAAAUGUUGAAGGAAAUUGAGCACCUGUAUGAUCCUGUGUAAGUCUGGUCACACACCGGAUAGUUUUUGGUUGACUUCAGGUCAUAUUUGCUUCAAUCUAUACAGAAGGUACAUUGAGAUUGGAGAGCUUCUCCAUUUUCAGUGCAAAAGAAAACAGAGACCGAAUUAAAAGCACAAAAAUAAUUGCAAGAAAAAAGUAAAUAAAUUAAAUAAUAACAGGUACAGACUAUAAACAUGAUAAAAUCCUCUAGUGCAGCAUAGACAGUGAAAUGAAAAUAAAAACUGCAUACAAGAAUAGGAAAGGAGAUCAAUAUUAAGGUAGGAUCGUACCAUAUAUUGAGGUAGGAUUCACAUAGCAGCAGUGGUAAUAUAUUACACUAUUUGUAUUCUUGUUUGAGGUUUUUCACAACAGAUUAUUUGUCCAAUAAUCCUCCAAGUGUGUUGCCUCCCAGUCUUGAAAAUGUAGUUACCCUGUUAAAAAAUUUUUGCCUCCUGGUUGGACCUUCUCUGACUUGAUAUCUAAAAUACCUGAGGAGAGGAGCAGACUGGGGAGUGUAACAAACUGGACGUAGUGAACUUUGACAGCUCUCAAACAUGGCAGCGACUGUAAACAUCACAAUCCAAACCCACACCAGCCAGGAUUUUACUCAUUAUAAUCAUUUUUAACCAUCAUGAAGCAGAACAGGCCAGGACAGCCAUCUGAUUUCUCUCGUGUGUGUUUGUCACUAAAGUCACAUUUGAUCUCACAAGAAACGAUGAAGUUUAGCAGUCAUCCAGUGUGUGGCUCAGUGAAGUAAUUAAAGUGGAUAUGAUUAAAGGAGACAUACGAGGUAAAUGAGUGAAUGUCGUUUACAGGUGAGAGUGAGCGCUCAUCUUUCCUCAUACUAAAAAGUUUGGUCUUGAAGUAAAAACUGUCCUGGAUGUUUGAGUCACUACAGUCUGAAAAUGAGGGCAUUAGAGUCAUUCAUCCUCAGCGUGUGUGUGUGGAUAUUUAGCACUUUAUCUGGAGUUGAUCCUAGCACAAGUGUCCGCAAUUGGAUUAGCCUCUUGGCUGAACCGACCAAGAGCAACAGAUGAGGAUGUCUCUCCUCAGACUUGACCUCUUUUUGUGUUUUUAUGGGCGAACUAUCCUCUGUGGCUGAGCUUCAUCGAUCCUAACUCUGACAGGUUUCUCAUGGAGGGUUUUAAAGUGAGCGCACUCUGGUCCUGGACAGUGAACCUGAGGUCGCUCCUGUUUGCAGUAAAAGUGUCAGAAGCUGCUGGUCUGUGGAGAUCAGACCUCUUUAAACAGCUGCAACCUCUCUGUUCAGACUCUGAGAUAUUGGAUUAUCACAUCCUCAUGUUAUGAUGAAUCUCAUGCUAAUUUACUUAAAACCAAACAGUAAUGACUAAUUAUAUAACAUGGUUACUGAACUUAAUGCUUUGUUUAAUCAGAUCACUGACUGAAACUGUGCUCUCUCUCUCUCUGUCUUUGCAGCUCCAGCCAUGUAUGCCUGCGCCAAGUUUGUCACUUCUCCUGCUGUGGUAUGUCAGCGUUAAUGCUUUAUUUCUUACUUUUUCUACAUGCAUGUUGGAUUUUAAAUCUGCAUCAGUGAAGAAAAGAGUACAUUAACCUUAGUUUAUCCAACGACAGGACCUUUUCUAAGUCAACAAUAGCAACUAUAAUCGGGCAGUCAAAGUUUUUCAGAAAUUAGUGCUCUCAAAGUUGGACAUGACUCGAUGCUGUGUGAGCCUUCACCGUCUUCAAGGACACUGCAGUCCUGACUGACAGCCAUUUUUGAACCAUGCCUCUUGUUGCACAGUUACAUGUCAGCUGACCUGCAGCAUGUGGGGCAUCUCGGUCACAGAGGUGCUGUGGAGGACAAAGUCCCAUAUUUACAUCUGACACUCGGAGUGGGGCUUGAAUUAUAGUCGUGCCAAAAUACUGCAACUCAGUCUUGUUCACUGCGGAGGAAAGUUCCCCUCAUUGCAAAAAUGCACGGCUGCAGCUCCUCUUUUUGACGUACAUCUGCUGUUUAACUUCAGAUGAUUUACAUCUUAAAUUUGAGUUUGAAGACUUUUCUUCAGCUGUUCAUCAGUAACACUGUUUUACAACUUUCUCCACAUCAAUAACAGAAAUAGUCAGACUUGUGCAGUUUGUUAGUUUGUUGAUGUCGCUUUCCAAAUGAUUCAGUGGUUCAGUUUUUGAGGGUAUCUUGAGCAGAAAAGUCCGUCCUCCAGAUGGUUGGUGCUUUAGGUUCCGUAUGUUAAAAAAGUGAUGCUGUGGGUGAAUGUGCUAAUUUUGUUGAACUUUUUAUCUCUGUGCAGCUGCGUGGGGGGUCCAGAGUCCUUGCCCGGCCAGUCUCAGUCUCCCUCUUCAACAGACCUGAAGUCACAGUGGAGCAGCAGGUCAGUCCGUCCCUCUAUGAUCGAUCUAGAGAGUGUUGUUGUUAAAGCCAACCUGCUGGAAGUCCCUCUAUUGUGGCAUCGUGUGCAGGAGCAGCAUGUGCUGAGUUUCCCCUCUGCCUUAUCUUGCAGGCUCUGUUGCUAGUUAGCCAGUCUGCAGUCCUAGCCCGCUCCUUCCAGACCAGCGCCGUCUCCCGGGACAUUGACACUGCCGCCAAGUUCAUCGGUGCUGGUGCUGCCACAGUGGGUGUGGCCGGAUCAGGAGCUGGAAUUGGUACAGUGUUCGGCAGCCUCAUCAUCGGCUAUGCCAGGUGAACGUCUCCUUUUUGCGAACAGACAAAUUGCUCCACCUCUAAACUGCUCGACUGAUCUUAUGUGUGUAUGAUGUCCUCUCUCUGAGGCUGUUCCUGCAGGUUUUUGUUUCUGAAUUUUCUGUAUUUUAACCGAACCUCUGUCGUCCUCUUGCAGGAACCCCUCCCUGAAGCAGCAGCUCUUCUCCUACGCCAUCCUGGGUUUCGCCCUGUCUGAGGCUAUGGGUCUCUUCUGUCUGAUGGUGGCUUUCCUCAUCCUGUUCGCCAUGUAAACCGGGACACACGCCCUCAGCUCCCCUCACUCACCCUCUCUCCCACACCUCUCUUUUUUUUCUCCCUCCCUUUCUUCCAUCCGGAGGGGGUUUCCUACCACGGGAACUCUUGAAUGAGCUGCUAGGCCAUUCCAAUCAUCGGAAAUAAUAAAGGAAAUAUUAACAUCCGAGGUUCACAAACCUCGAAUCCAAGAUUUUUAUGUUCCUGCGCUUGUUUUUGUUUUUCAGACGUUUUAUGUAAGACCUCACUUCGGUUGAAAAUCUGUCCAAAAUAAAUGGUUGGGAUAACUGACAAGUCUGUGG